AUGCCCUUAAAACCCUUGCCUUUCCCUCUCCUCUCUCCCUCCUCUGAAGCUCACACAGAUUCCAUCGCAAUCGGCGUCGCUGCCUCUGCUCGAUGUGCAUUACCCUUUAAUUCUAGUAUUGGCUUGAACCCGAGUCCUCAACUGGAGGUUUCUGCAGCAAUAGGUUCCAAAGAUAUUGCUAUUGGUGGUGAAGUUGGAUUUGAUACCUCUUCGUCAUCUUUUACCAAAUACAAUGCUGGAAUAAGCUUCAACAAACAAGACUUUUCUGCUGCUGUUUUACUGAUUGACAAGGGACAAACUGUGAAGGCUUCUUAUGGACACGUGGUUAACCCUUUGAUGGGAACAGAAGUUACUGCUGAGAUGACACACAGAUUAUCCAAUUUUCAGAAUAGCUUCAGCCUGGGAAGCGUCCAUAAGAUUGAUAGUCUCACAUCAAUGAAGACAAGAUUCUCCGAUGAUGGUAAGAUUGCUAUAUCUAGCCAACGGGAAUGGAGGCCUAAGUCACUUGUAACGUUUUCAGCAGAGUAUGAUACCAAGGCCAUCAACACAGCUCUGCUCUCAAGCCCUGAUUUUUAACAUUAUGAGGUUUGAUUUUUGAACAAAUAGUCAUUGAGCUUGAGGCGCUUAACGAUUUUUAUUGACCGGGAAACAAUACCCGUUUUUUACAAACAUUGAAAUGAUGGUGAUAAUUUUGGAUGAAUUCGUUUCCAGAAAUUGGAUAUUUGUUGUAUAAUGGUACUCAUUUUCCCAACUGGGAUUUUAAGUGUUGUUUCUUUCCA